AUGUCCAGUACAUUGGAGGACGAAGAGCCGGAACCGGAGCCUGAAUGCGGUUUGUUGGAAGACGAGGAUCCACUGGAUAAGGGAGUAUUCAGUGAAGCUGGCCGUGGAGGUCUUCCUGGUGGUGGUGGGGGUUUGUAUGAGUUGGUGGAGUUAGAAGGUAGUGGUCUUUGGUAUUCACUGCUGCUAUUGGUGGAGUUCACAGAUAUGGGGUCAGGGGUCUCGGAAUACGGAGAGUUUGGAGUCGCCUUCACUGCUGGAGGACUCUUCUUCUUCCUAUUUGGAAUCAUGACCCUUUUUGAUUCAGGGCUACUUGCUUUAGGCAAUGUUCUCUUUGUAUUGGGACUCAUUCUAAUCAUAGGACCUUACCGUACGGUCAAUUUCUUCUCCAGGCCCAAUAAGAUUAGAGGAACGGUGUUUUUUGUAUUUGGGAUAAUUUUAAUUUUAUUGAAAAGACUGUUUAUUGGGUUUAUAGUAGAGAGUAUUGGGAUUUUAGGGCUUUUCGGUGAUUUUUUCGGUACAAUAGUUCAAUUUUUACGCUCUGUUCCAAUCAUUGGUGAUAUUUUAUCUAAUCCUAUAAUUGCACCAGCCAUUAAUAGAAUAGCUGGUAUUUCUCCCACAUUACCAGUAUAA